AAACAGAGAGACACUCUUUCACACACACACACAGACAGACAGAGCGGGACGUAGGCAGCCACGCGCGCCCUUUAUUGGAUUUUACCGGACCCGGAUUAAUGCAUCUGCUCCCGGACCGGGUUUGGCCCGGGUUGUAGCCCGGAGGUUGAGGUGGAUGAAGAGGCCAUGGAGAGCCGACACAUGUGCGCGCUGACCCUGCUGCUGGUGUCGGUGUGCCCGCUCUGCUGCAGAGCCACCUGGAUGUGGCUGGGCAUGGGUCCUAGUUCUGUCCUCAGUCCUGGUCCUGUCCCAGACAGCCGUGUGUGUGCAGACCUCCCUCUGACCCCCCGGCAGCGGGAGAUCUGCAGGAAGAAGCCGUCCCUGCUGCCGAGCGUCCGGGACGCCGCCCGCCUCGCCAUCGCUGAGUGUCAGAACCAGUUUCAGCAUGAGCGCUGGAACUGCUCCACCAGCGCAGACCCGGCCCAGUUUCGCCAGCAGCUGACUGCCGGAACCAAGGAGACGGCGUUCCUCUACGCCGUGAUGGCGGCCGGGCUGGUCCAUGCCGUCACGCGCGCCUGUAGCCAUGGCAACAUGACGGAGUGCAGUUGCGAUACGCGGCUGCAGGGGGGCGGCUCGCCCGCAGACGGGUGGCACUGGGGGGGCUGCACGGACCACGUCCAGUACGCCGUCUGGUUCAGCCACAGGUUCAUCGAUGGCGGUGCCAGGAACACUUCGGCCGCCGGGGGGGGGUACACGGCGAGCAGCGCCGACCGGCACAACACCGAGGCCGGACGGCAGGCCAUUGUGAAGACGAUGCUGACCCACUGCCGUUGCCAUGGCGUCUCCGGGUCCUGCGCGGUGAAGACGUGCUGGGAGACGGCGGCUCCGUUCGAGCGCGUGGGGGUGUACCUGAAGCAGCGCUACGAGCGGAGCGUCCAGGUGUGGGACGGCUCCAAGAGGAAGCCGCGGCGCCGCCCCCCCGUCGCCCCGCACCAACUCGUCUUCUUGAACAAGUCCCCCAACUACUGCGUGGCGGACCGGCGGCGCGGCGUGGCGGGCACCCGCGGGCGGCGCUGCAGCCGCGCGUCCUCGGGCCCCGGCGGCUGCAGGCUGCUGUGCUGCGGCCGCGGCUACAACACGCACCUGGUCCGCCUCGUCCAGCGCUGCCACUGCAGGUUCGUCUGGUGCUGCUACGUCCGCUGCCGCCGCUGCGAGACCAUGGACGACAUGCACACCUGUAAAUGACACCUGGACAUAAAGGCCACGGGGACAGGGAC